AUGACUCAAGGACCGCAGUGGAAACGCCUGAUCCGCUUCACGGCAGUCGAGGACGGCCAGGAGUACUACGGCGAGCCGACAAACGACGGAGACAUCGGCUUGCUUGCACACAAGGGCGAGAAGCUGACCGCCCGCAUCCUCGACGGCCACCCUCUCCUCCUCACCUCCACCCUCUCUCACCGGACACGCACCGUCUCCAAGCUCCUCUCCCCUCUCGCUCCGCGCGACAUUACCGCCAUCCGCGGACUAGGCCUGCAAUACCCACCCGAUCCGGCGAAACCCGUCCAACCGCCUGCCGUUCCCUGCCUCUUCUUCAAGCCUUCUUCGUCUGUCGCGGGUCCGGGAGACGAGAUCGUGAUCCCAAGUCUGGCGGAGGGCGAAAAGAACGACUAUGAGUGCGAGUUGUGCGUCGUGAUUGGGAGGGACGCGAAGGAUGUCAAGGAGGAGGAUGCGCUGAACUAUCUGGCUGGAUACUGCGUCGUCAACGACGUCUCAUCUCGCGGACUCUGCGGCAAAGGCGUCCAAUGGGGCAUGGGCAAGGCCUUCGACUCUUGGUGCCCUAUCGGACCUUGCCUCGUCUCCCCCGCCGCGCUUGGCAAGGCAGCGGACGCCCUGGCGCUCACGACGCAUAUCAACGGCCAACUCGCGCAGAAGGCGUCGACGGCAGACCUCGUCAUCAAAGUCCCCGAGUUGAUCGCCCGCCUCUCACACGGCACGACCCUCCAAGCGGGCUCCUUGAUCCUCACCGGCUCGCCCGUCGCAGUAGGCCGCUCAGCGCCCGGCGACGCAGUCGAAGCGAGUCCGUUCAUGAAGCAUGGAGACGAGGUCAGGUGUUUCGUCGAGGGGUGCGGUACGCUCAUCAACACAGUCAGGGAGGAGUCGCCGAAGGCUGCUGGAGCCCGGGGUUUCGAAAAGGCGAAGCUGUAG